AUGGAGCCUCUUAUCAACGCAAAUGGCGAGCACCGCUGCAUCCAAGAAACAUUGGGCGCUGCAUCAAAGUCGAUAGCUAGAUCGGUGGGAAGUUAUGUGGAGCAGACCAUUUGCAUUGCGCUCCCGAUUGCAAUAUUAGUGUAUGCUUGCCUGCCGCAAUCCAAGAGAUUUGAAGGCAUGUCACCGCAGCUAAAGGUUAUACUUCUUCCUUCUAUUGUUUACUCGACUGUUUUUGACGGCAGCCUCCCUUUUCGUCAACCUACGUGGUUACAAAUCAUCAAUAGUUUCCUUGCGGUGGGCAGUAGCCUAAAGAUUGUCUUCUACCUGUUUAAGAGGUCUACAGGACGUUCAUCCGCUAAAUUUUGUAUGGCCACAUUAGCGGUUGCUCUAGUCGCUGCAACGAUCAAUGUGAUUAUCAAUGUGAUUAUCAACUAUACAACCCCACCAAGUAAUCAGUCUACUAUAUUGCACAGUGUUCUGUUAUAUAUAAAUGACGUCCGCGAUGCAACCCGACCAACUAGACAAACUAGUAUAUCGCAGACUGUUGUUUUAGUGUUAAGUGACAUUGCAAUCCAUACAGCAGAGGGCGUGUGUUGCGGCUGGUUCGUUGGUCGGUGGUUUAGGCUCAUAUCUGGAGAUACUGCCGGUGUAGCCAGUAUUGUUUCGUUAUUAGUGGCCUUAGUUGCUGCGUUAAUUAAUGGGAGGGUUAAUGGGGAUGAUUAUUUUCGGAUACUUAAUUCAAGUAAUGUCCGACCAGCUAUUGCAUUCGGAUCAUUUCAUCUGUGCGAGCGUGCUCUGAGUAGUUUAUUUCCCUGUGCGCUUGUCGGUUGGAACAGCGGGGUCAUAAGAGGUCGUGCGCUUAUUGUAUUUCUUAUUGUCUCGAUAGCAACUUUCUGUGCUUCAACGUACGCCAUGGUUUGUGCUAUUGACGAUGCUCGAUCUCGGUUAAACACACAAAAAUUACCAGCAAUUGAAAACUCGACCAAUGUAUAG